AUGGCGGGCAAGUCGCACACGCGCAAGGCGUUCCUCCUCUGCAACUACGUCCUCCUGGGGGCCGCCUCCAGCUGCAUCUUCCUCACGCUGUCGCUGCGCCUGCUGCCGUCCCCGUGCGGCCUGCUCCUGCUCUUCCUCCACGCCCUCACCGCCGUCUUCUCCGCGGCCGGCUGCUCGGGCUCCUUCACGGCGCCCGCAACGCCAGCGCAGUGGCACAACGCGCACACCGCGGGCGCCGCGCUCACCGCCAUCUUCCAGGGCGCCGUCGCGCUGCUCGCCUUCACCCGCACCUCCGACUUCCUCGCCGAGCUCCAGUCCUACGUCCGCGACGAGGACGGCGCCGUCAUCCUCAAGAUGGUCGGCGGGCUCGGCACGGCCAUCUUCGUCCUUGAGUGGGCCGCGCUCGCGCUCGCCUUCUCCCUCCGCCUCGACGACGAGGACGACGACGACCUCCAGACCAAGAACUGGCAGUCGUACCAUGUCUGA